AUGAGUAAUGGAAGUGCGUAUUGUAAUAUUAAAAGCCUGUGCUUGAUUAUAGCUCAAUGUUUAGAUUCACGCGAAAGGGCGGAAGUCAUAAAUAAGAAUUCAGAGCAUUCGACAGCGAAUAGUGGGCGCCGUCAGUCUGCGUAUGCAGUCCAGAAAAUAAACACUCGUCAUUUCAGCGAUGGAAAGAGCAAUAAAUUAGAAACGAAAGCUUCUUCUGCUUCUGAUUUAGUGUCCACGGGUAUUAAAGAAAAAUUGAUUAAGGCAUGCGUUUUUUGCAGAGAUUUUUCCCAUUCAAGCCAUAAAUGUCCUAUUGCCCAGAAACUAACGAAUGACGAAAAGGUUGAAAUACUACGCAAAAAUGGCACUUGUUUUAGGUGUUUACAAAAUAAGGGUCACAUCAGCAAAUUUUGUGAUUCUAACAUUUUUUGCUCCCAUUGUCACUCUAAGCAUUCUACGAUUAUGUGCAACAGAAUUAAUUCCGAGAGUAAAAAGGGAACGAUCAAAACUGUCCAGGAAGUUGAAAAUAAAGUACUUUCGAAUCAAAGCAACCGUUCUGAAGUUUAUUUACAAACUUUGGUCGUAGGGGUAGCUGGGAAAACCUUAAAGGGUUAUUUAAGAUUGCUAAUAGACACCGGAAGUCAGAACACGUACAUAAGUCAAUAUGCUGCUAAAACGUUGAAAUUAGAAAAGAUAGGAACUGAAAGAAUUAAACAUGGGUUAUUUGGGGGUGUAGAAGUUUCGGAAGAUCAUAAUCGUUAUCAAAUAGAUUUAACUAGUUUAGAUGGAAAGUACAGGUGUAAAAUCGAAGCACUAGACCAGAGGAAAAUUUGUUCGUCACUACCUAAGAUCAAAGACGAAAAGUUAAUUAAAGUAAUGGAAAAAAGGGGAAUCCUUAUCAACGACAAUCAUGCGAAUGGAAAUCUCUGUCUGUUUCAAGAAAAUCCGGAAGAGAUUCAUAUGCUGUUAGGAGCGGACACCGCAGCACAAUUGUUCACUGAAAGAAUUGAACAUUUUGCGGGGGAUUACGUAGCCUUUGAGACCAAGUUAGGCUGGACAUUAAUGGGCAAGAUUAAAGAGAAUGCGAAUACGUCGAGUUCCCUGUCCGUUCUUUCUUUAUCCUUACAUGUUUCCGAUACAAAUUUGUCCAAUCUUUGGCGUUUAGACACCUUGGGGAUUUCAAGCGAGGAAAACAAAACGAAAAGUGUCUUGGAAGAAGAAACUCGAAAACAUUUCUUAAAAAGUGUAAAACGGGAUAGCUCAGGGAGAUAUGAAGUAACCUUACCCUUUAUUUUAGAUAAAUCCGUCUUAUCCAGUAACCGUACUAUGGCAGAAAGACACCUCGUCAAAACCGAAAGUAAACUAAUUAACACACGCAGAAGAAAAGAUUACGAAGAAAUAUUUGAUGAGUGGGAAGCGAAGGACAUUAUUGAGGUAGUAACUGAGGAAAAGGAGGAAGGAGUGCACUACUUGUCACACAGACCUGUAAUAAAGGAGUCUAGUGAAACUACAAAGAUACGGCCUGUUUUCAAUGCAUCUGCACGUUCUAAGAAUUCACCCUCUCUCAAUGAUUGUUUGAGAGUGUCAUCUGAUAUCGAAAAGGCCUUUUGUCAAAUCAAAAUAGCAGAAAAGGAUAGAGAUUUUUUAAGGUUUCUAUGGUUCGAUAAUCAACAUAAGUUUAAAAUUUACAGACAUAACCGAGUUGUUUUUGGACUCACAUCAAGUCCGUUUCUGCUAGCCGCUACACUUAGUCACCUUUUGACUACAGUCCCAGAAAAGUUUGUAGAAACUUCUAAUAUUUUGAAGGAUUCAUUUUACCUCGAUAAUUCGUUAAUUAGCUUAAAUCACGUAGAUGAAGCCGAAAAUUUCGUUCAAGAAGCAAGAUUGAUUUUGGCUUCAGGGCAUUUCAAUUUGAGAUGUUGGCGAUCAAAUUUUCGCAUUGACAUGAUCGAUGAGAUAGAGAGCAAGACGAAAGUUGUCCCAGUAUUAGGAUUAGUAUGGGAUUUAGAAAAAGAUAGUUUGAGUUGCAAGAUCGAAGAAACAUUUAACUUGAGGGAACCUAUUACCAAAAGAAAAGUUUUGUCAAUUACCCAGAAAAUUUUUGAUCCCAUUGGCUUUACUGCACCGAUAACUGUAAUUCCUAAACUAAUUUUGCAAGAAACCUGGAACCAGAAGAUUAAGUGGGAUGAAGAUCUUCCUCUUCCCCUAAGUGAGCAGUUUGGGACUUGGUUGAACCAAUUGCCUCUGCUAUCUCAGAUUGAAAUUCCUCGUUGGUUAAAUAUUGAUUACGAAAACGAAGAUACCGUAGUAGUGCUCCACGUUUUUUCGGAUGCUAGUAAAAGAGCCUAUGCCACAUGUGCAUUUUUAAGAGCUGAAACCAUCGAAGGUGUAAAGGUUCAGUUAGUAAGCGCGAGAAGUCGAAUAGCCCCUAUUAAGGAACUUACGAUUCCACGGCUUGAACUUCUUUCCUGUCUGAUAGGUGCCAGGCUUGCCAAAACAAUUCUAUCAGAUUUGAAACUUAAGAAUUGUUGUAGAACAGUGUUCUGGAGUGAUUCUUCUACAGCUUUGGGGUGGAUAAGAAGGGAUCAAGCAUGGGGUACGUUUGUUCAUAAUCGAGUACAAGAAAUAAGAUCGCUUACCAGAAUAUCUGACUGGAGGCAUGUACCUGGAAGUUUAAACCCAGCGGAUCUCCCAUCGAGAGGAUGUACUAUUGAGCAAUUACAGAAAUCGGCAUGGUGGGAGGGCCCAUCGUGGCUUUACUUACCAGAAGACGAGUGGCCCCAUGUAGAAGAAAAGCCUGAUGAAGAACUUAUAAACAAGAAAAAAGAAAAAAGGAAAACGAUUCUGACUCUUCUAGAUCAUGGAGACAAUUUGGACCGAACAAAGAGAAAAAACCUCACUCCUGAUGUCUCAGUUGAUGAAUUGGAGAAUGCUGAAAAGGCACUUUGUAGAUUGGUACAGAAAGAAUCAUUUACAGGCAUAAACGAUCCCGCUAUUCGUGCGCUGAGACCAAUCGUAGACCAAAAUGGAAUUUUAAGAGCCAAAACGAACGUCCUACAGCGUCAAGAUAAUGAAAAUUUCCGAUAUCCUAUCAUUUUACCUUCAAAACAUAUUCUUGUUGAGAGACUAAUUUACGAGAAACAUCUAGAACUCCAGCAUGCUGGUGUCAGCACUUUAAUGACAAAUCUUAGAGAAAACUUUUGGAUAUUAAAAUCCAGGAAAAGUAUUCGAAAUAUUAUCAGAAAAUGUGUAAGAUGUAAAAGAUUUGUUUCACAAAGAGUGGAAGUCGAGCCAGGAUUUCCACCCGAAGAUCGAGUCAGAGAAGGGGCGACUUUUGAAGUCGUCGGUGUAGAUCUAGCGGGUCCUCUCUAUCUCCGUGAGGAGUCUCACGUAUACAAGACUAUCCAAGCGUGGAUAGUCUUGUAUACAUGUGCCAUUUAUAGAGCCAUUCACCUCGAACUAGUUACUUCUCUAUCUACAGAAACUUUCAUCCAAUCUUUACGUAGAUUCAUUGCCAGAAGAGGUAGACCUUAUGUGAUAUAUUCCGACAACGGAACUAAUUUUGUAGGGACUAACAGUGUUCUUAAGAAAGUUAAUUGGAACGCCAUAUGUUCAGCUGCUUCUAUCCAAAGGAUACGAUGGAAGUUCAACCCUCCGACCGCCGCCUGGUGGGGAGGUUGGUGGGAGAGGCUUGUGCGAAUGGUGAAAGAAAAUUUAAGAAGAGUGUUAGGUCGAACGUCCUUAAAUUAUGAAGAAUUAUAUACUAUAUUAUGUGACUGUGAACAAGUGAUUAAUUCGCGACCUAUCACAUACGUAUCAGAGGAUAAUCAAGAUCCAUCACCACUGACCCCUAUGAUGUUCCUGCAAGAAUUGCCGUCAUCAGGAGUUCCUGAUAUGGACUACGUAGAUUCCAAAGAACUAAACCGCCGAGCCAAAUACCGACAGAGACAGAGAAUAAGACAUGAUCUACGAAACAGAUUUCGUAAUGAAUAUCUUGGUCAGUUGAGACAACAGGCAAUAAAGAAGGGAAAAUUUCAACAGUUGCAAGUAGGCGAUGUCGUUCUGUUGGAAGACAGCCAGAGACGACGCAUACAUUGGCCUUUAGCCAAGAUAGUCGAGCUUUUCCCCAGUAAAGACGGAAUAGUUAGACUAGCGAGGGUCAAGACAAGAAAUGGAAUUCUGCUUCGUCCAGUGCCCCGGCUUUUCCCGUUGGAGAUCUCUACUUCCGAAUCCGUUGGCCCUCCGUUCCCCGACAGAGCACCUCGAGAUAGAAACGACCAUGCAACUGGUCAGGCUGAUCAGGCUGCUAGUAUUCCAGAACCUGCCUCAAGUCCUCGAGUGAUGACCAGAGCUGAACGAGUUGUUCGGCCUCCUCAUCGAAUGGACCUGUGUGUAUUGAGUUCCUCCGCAUCGUCGGAUCUCAAUGGUGGGAGGCGAUGUUACAUCUAA